AUGGCCUCUUCUAGUUAUUUGGUUUUCCUUUCCUUCUUCCUCUUCCUCACGAUUUCACAAGCGCAAGCCAAAGCUUUUCAACCCAAAGCCCUCCUUCUUCCUGUGACCAAGGACUCCUCGUUGCUCCAGUACACCACCCAAAUCAAGCAAAGAACCCCUCUUGUGCCCAUUAAGCUGACCAUCGACGUUGGAGGCCGAUUCAUGUGGGUGGAUUGUGAGAAGGGUUAUGUUUCCUCUUCAUAUAGGCCCGUCCCUUGCGACUCCAAAAUCUGUAAGAUCUCGCGAUCGGGGGCUUGUCUAGUUAUGUGUCCUGCUCCGCCUAGACCGGGAUGCAACAACAACACUUGCUACCACUUGCUUUACAAUCCGCUCACCGACACCAUCAACAGUGGCGUGAUGGCAGCUGAUGCCGUGUUGGUUCAGUCCACUGAUGGGAGAAGCGCCGGGCCCCUGGUUUCUGUCCCGGGGCUGUUCUUUGCUUGCGGCACUCAUUCGCUUCUCAAAGGCCUCUCUAAUGGGGCCAAGGGAAUUGCCGGGCUCGGACGAUCACUAGUUUCCCUCCCUUCGCUGUUUGCUUCGGCUUUCAAAUUCCAACGUAUCUUUGCCAUGUGCUUGAGCUCCUCCUCGCAAUCAAAUGGAGUCAUCAUCUUUGGCGACGGACCAUACGAAUUCCAAUUUAAGAAAGAGAUCUCUAGUUCCCUCAUGUACACUCCCCUAAUUCUCAACCCAAAAGCCACCGCGGGAAAGUACUCUGAGGACCCUUCGACCGACUACUUCAUCCGUCUCACCUCCAUCAAGAUCAAUGGGCAAGCAGUCCAGCUCAACGAUUCACUACUGAACAUCGACAAGGAAGGCAACGGGGGAACAAAGAUCAGCACUGUUAAUCCAUACACCAUGAUGGAGAGGUCGAUCUUCAAGGCUGUCCUUAAAGUGUUCAUGGAAGAAACCAAGGGCAUGACUAGGGUUGCUAGUGUUAAGCCUUUCGAGUACUGCAUAAGCUCCAAGAACCUGGGGAGUACAAGAGUUGGACCGCCCGUGCCCGCCAUCGAUCUGGGGUUGCAUAAUGAGAGUGUGUCUUGGAGGAUCUUCGGAAUGAAUUCUAUGGUGCAAGUGAAGGACGACGUCUUGUGCUUGGGGUUUGUCGAUGGCGGCUUCAACCCAAGAACUUCUGUGGUCAUUGGAGGGCACCAAUUGGAGGACAAUCUCUUGCAAUUCGAUCUCGUGAAACGGAGGUUGGGAUUCAGCUCCUCGCUCUUGUUCAUGCAAACCACAUGUGCCAACUUCAACUUUACUUCUUCUGUUUAAAGAAGUGGAGACUUUACUACCUUUCCGUUAUCGAGC